AUGGCCAAGGCAGCAGUGACCAAGCGCCAUCAUUUUAUGAUUCAGAAGCUGUUAAUUCUACUGAGCUGUGGAUACACCAAGCUGCUGGCCGAUGCACACUCUCUUAGGUGCAACUUGAUCAUCAAGGAUCCUACCACAGCAGACUGUCCCUGGUAUGAAGUGCAGUGCUCAGUGGAUGAAAUAACUUUCCUCCAUUUUAGUAACAUAAACAAGACCAUGANUUCAGGUGACCCAGGGAAGAUGGCAAAUGUCACUGAAGUGAAGGAAUGUUUGACACAACUUCAGAAAGAUUUGGUCCAGGAGUUGAGGGACAAGGUGUCUAACACCAAAGUGGACACUCACAAGACAAAUGGUUACCCAACUUUACAACUCACCAUGCUUUAUCAGAUAAGCCAGGGCCAAAUUAUUAGUGCCAUCUGGAAAUUCAACAUCAGUGAUAGUUACUUCUUCACCUUCGACACAAUGAAUAUGAGCUGGAGACCGACUAAUGAUGAAUCAGGGGUUAUCAUGAAUAAAUGGAAAGAAGAUGGGAAAUUUGUGAAAAAAUUGAAAUUCUCCAUAGCCAAAUGCAGUCAGGAACUUGAUGAAUUCUUAAAGCAGCCCAAGGAAAAGCCAAGAUCAACCUCAAGGAUCCCCAGUAUCACCCAGCUUACAUCAACUUCCCUGCUUCCACCUACCAGCCACUCUACUUCUAAGAAAGGAUUUAUCUCUGUGGGACUCAUCUUCAUAUCUUUAUUAUUUGCAUUUGCAAUGUGA